AACUCUAAAUCUCUCUAUCUCUCUCUCUCUCUAUCGUUACACUCCCCGUCUUGACAGAUUCUUCAAUUGUAGAGAGAGAAUCUCGAUUUGAUCACCUUGAUAUUCUUGUUAGCUGUUUCAAUUUUUCCAUUAGUCUGUGAUCGAUAAAUCAUAGAUCUGCGCUUUCUAGUCCAAACUUUGUGCGAAGAUGGCCUGCGUGGAUUUCUGUUGUGUAAACGGCGUUGGAAAGGCAUUCUUCUCUUCUCUCAACAUUAAUACCGAUCAGCAGCAACAACAAUUACGGCGAAACGGUUCGUGCCGCCGCCAACUCCCUCAAGCGAUUCUCAAGUCUAAUUCUCAGCAGCCUCAGAUCAAACCCACGGAAGAUCAUUGGAAACUUCCACAUAUGGCACCUGUAGUUUAUGAGAAUCUUAGCUUCUGUGGGGAAGAGAGUAAUGGUACCAGAAAGGGAGAAAUCUCUACCGAGACACUAGAUAUGUGGAUGAGGGAUUCGGUGAGUGAGAUUGUGAAGAAAAUAGAAGAAGCUCCGUUCUUGGUUCAUGUGUUUUCUUCAAAGAAGAAUGGGAAGAAUAAAGUGACACACUUAGAUAGGGAGAAGGGUGCGGCUAAGGAGUGGCCAUUCAUCAAGAGGAGAUGGGAGGAGAGAGAGGAGAGAGGGGAGUACUCGACCCCUGAUGGGAUCAUCCUCGUUGAAGAACUCAAAGAUGAGAAUGAAGAAGAGGAUGGAGAAAGAAGAGAUGAUGAAUCAAGGACAAGAGCUUGGGGGAUAGUGAUUCAAGGGAGGGGGUUGAAUUGUAGUCCAGUUUGUUAUAUACUGGAGACUUGCCGUGUGGGUUCACCUUCUAUUGGUUUCUGUACACACUUUUGUUUGGUGAAGGCUCAGUGCCAUGGUGAGACUGCUCUGCAACAGAUGAAGAAAUCUUGGCUGUUACAUCCGCAGCUCAUGGACCAGCACAGUUAUUUUUUCUGACCUUCAACCAACAUUAUGAAUGAAUUGAAUUGAAUUGAAUAUUCUGUACAAAUCAAAUUGGUAUUCGCCCAAUGUAGAAUUGAAUUGGGUUUCUUUUAUUUUCUAGUUUAAUUGAUGUAAAGAAAAGAUUUCUGAGGUCAGAUCAUUACCAUAUCAGAAUGCAACUAAUUAUUCAA